GCAGCAAAACCUAGAACCGAGAGGUACCCAGCUUACAGCGCCUGACGCAGCCCCUAAACCCUAAAAACCCCUCCCACCCAAAUCCAGGAGAAUAACAAUGGCAGCAAUCAUACGUAGCAAGCUCCGUCUCCUCUCCCCCGGUCUCCCUCAUCGUAUCCGCCAUUUCGCAACUUCGAUCUUGAACCCAGAUGCGAAAACCGCGCUCUCAAGCAAGGAGAAAUCUCGAGCCGCCCUCUCUCUGCUCCAAACCGAGACCAACCCGGAGCGCAUCCUCGACAUUUGCCGGGCCGCCUCGCUAACCCCCGAGUCUCACCUCGACCGACUCGCCUACUCCAAGGCCAUCUUGAAGCUCCGGAACUCGAAUUACUUCGGGGGGAUCCGGGAAUUCCUCGAGGAAUCCAAGUCCCGACCCGAUUUCAGAUCCGAAAAGCUCAUUUCCCACGUUGUCGUUCUCUAUGGGCAGGCCGGCAUGAUCAAUGACGCCAUGCUGACCUUUGAGCAAAUGGAGGAGAUGGGUAUCCAAAGAUCGGUGAAAUCACUCAACUCUCUUUUGUUUUCGUGUCUUCUAGCUAAAAAUUAUGAUGAAAUGAAGAGGAUUUUUGUGGAUUUUCCGAAAAAAUAUGGGAUUGCUCCUGACUUAGGUACCUACAAUGUCAUGAUUAAGGGGUUUUGCGAGUCGGGUUCUGCUAGCUCUGUUUACUCUAUAUUGGAUAAGAUGGUUAGUAAUGAAGUGAAGCCAAAUGCCACAACUUUUGGGAACUGUCUCAGAGGUUUUUACAGUGAGGAAAAGUUUGAGGAUGUUGGAAAGAUUAUGGAUUUGAUGAAACAACAUGGGGUUUCAUCCGGCAUUUCUAUUUAUAACAUAAGGAUUGAGUGCUUGUGUAAGCUCAAGCGGUCUAAGGAGGCAAAGGCUAUGCUUGAUAAGAUUUUUUCCGCGGGUAUAAAGCUGAAUUCCUUUUCUUAUGCCCAUUUGAUCCAUGGGUUUUGUAAGGAAGGUGAUUUGGAAGAGGCAAAGAAUUUGUAUAAAAAGAUGGUUAACCGUGGAUUCCAACCGGAUAGCGAAACCUACUUUAGGCUGGUUUACUUUUUAUGUAAAAGUAAAGAUUUUGAGGGCGCGCUUGCGAUUUGUAAGGACUGUAUGGAAAAGGGAUGGGUUCCAAAUUUCUCAACUAUGAAGAUGCUCGUGGACGGGCUUGUGAGUAUUUCGAAGGUUGAUGAGGCAAAGGCAAUUGUUUCUCAGAUGAAGGAGAAAUUCUCCAAGAAAGCUGACAAGUGGACUGAGAUCGAAGAAGGGCUGCCCAAGUAGGGAAAGGAAGGAUGGUAAACUUCUAUCUCGGCUUUUGAAUAAUCUAGUAGUGUCAAUUUUAGCUAUUGAAAUUGACUGCAUCCUUCUGUUCUGAUGGUUAAAAUUCAUUAGUGCCUAGAAAAUUUUGCCAAAUGUCUCUCUAUACUUUGCUUCGGGUAUUAUUACCUGGACUUGAUUUCCCAAGCAACAUAUUUCGAGUUCAUUCUCAAAGCUAUUUGAACAUAGAGGAACUAUAUCACCUCAAAUGUAGUUCUUUUUAGAAUGAGAGUUAAGUGAUUACAUCUACUCCAUGCUACAAUAGUUUGAAAAUCAUGGCCGAUAUGUUUGUAUUGA